AUGGAAGCGCAGGAGGGGACUCGCGAGAGGUCCGAGGAAUUUGUGACGGUGGUGAACGUUGCUCCCGUGGCCGAGAGCUUCGUCACCGUCCUGUCGAUCGGCAAUGGCAAGCCCGCGGGAGAGGAUAGCGGAUCCGAUCCCGCCCACCCUGAAGAGGAGGUCGAGGUGUAUCGUCUGCCGGGCGAGAGACUCGGCUUCGGUCUCAAGUUCGACGGCGGGAACAAGACGUCGGAGAGGGUGCGCCGUCUCUUCAUCCAGAGCUGCGCUGAGCAGAGUCCCGCGAGCAGAGCUUCUUGCUCCUGGGGCAACCUCGGCGAGGGCGACGAGGUGCUGUCGGUCGACGGGGUGCCGGUCUCGCAGAUGACGCGCCUCGACUGCGUGCGACGGCUAAAGGAGUCGCAGCUCGUGAUAAAGCUGUCGGUGCGCUGUCGGGGUGCGCUCAGGCCCGAGGUUGUCAGCGCGGAACGCAAACCCGGGAGCCAGUUGCAGGGACAGGGAUACGCCAAGAGUCCGCCGGAGUUACCAACGGCACCGCCACCCGUGCCACCCAGGAAGUCGAGAUUGUCCGCUCAGACGACGAGUAAUCGCGGCUCCGCUGACGGCGAGGCCAGUCCAGGAAUUAAAAAAGCAUGGGAUAGUCCAAAAUCGGUGGGAUCAUCACAAAGUGGCUCACCACAGUCACAAGGAAGUUUUCGCAGUGCAGCGAGUAGCAUUAGGUCAAGUAAUUACGACAGUUGCUCGUCUUCAUCGGCGAAAUGUUAUUCCGAGUCGAAAACUGGCAGCCCUAAAGUCUCAUUGAAACCUCACAUAUCUCCAGUAAUUAAUAAGACAAAGCAGGAACUGCCCCCGGAGGCCCAAUCCUAUCUGGAUGCGCGCUCACAGGAUGGCUCGAGUAACCACGGCAGCACCUCCGACGAUACCAGCAGCUCUCUCUCGACCGUCAUCGAACGUUUCUCAAGCUCCGAUCGUUUUUCCAUGACCUCGACCUUUUCGACCGCCGCGGAGCAAUCGUCUCAUCCACAUGGUCCACUCGACGAUAACCAAGCCAAUAGCGACAUUCUGCUGGACAGCGGUAUCGUCGGCCUCAGCAAUCCGGACUUCCUGCUCAGCCGUCUCGCCAAUUCCGAGGCGCGAACUUUCGUCGAGUCCCGGGGCGACGUCGAGCUCAUAACAGCCGUUGUCGCGCCCAAUACCGUCGUAAUCGAAGAAACACCAACGCUUCAGCCACCCCUUAGUUUCCAAGAUGCUCCCCUCAGCUACGGCCACGAGCCACGUCCAGGGAUUUUUUACUCAGCCGAUCUAGCCGCGGACUCGAAGACCCACUUCCGACCCAUAAAGGACGACGCCGAGCUCGUGGAGAAGGUGUUCAACGGCGCAGCGAAGGAAGCCCCACCACUGCCGACGAGGAAUCACGUGAAUAGAAUAGCGAUCAAUCAGCAGUGGCAUCAGGCCCACGCGGACAAUUCGGAUAAUCGAAUGCCGGUCUUACCGCCGAAGCCCAUGCCCAGAAAGGAACUGAAAUCCAAGAGAAAAAGAGACUUGAGUAACGUGUCGAGGAGGCGCGACAAGACGCUCGGUAACAAUGAAGUUUCUCACGCAAUUGACAAUUUUAAUGACGUUAUUGACGACAGGGAGGAAGUCAUCGCGGAUGACGAAGAUAAGCCGAGAAGCUUGGAGGAGACGAGCGACAUCGAAGCUAAAGAAGAAAUCGUGGCCAAUGAUGAGAAUGCGAGGGGAAAUGUCGAAGAGAUCGAGCUGCAAUAUAAGACGAACAAAGUGCUGGAGAUUGUCGAGAUGAAGAAGGCGAAGGCUAUGAUGCUGCAGAAGGAGCCCUCGAGGACCUCGGAAGAUUGCGAAGUACCUGUAGGAGGGGCGAAUGCUUCUGCUUACGACGAUAGUCCGCAAAAGAGUUACGCGAUCGAUGUGGUGGAGAUGACUAAUAGUGUUAAUAGUAAGGGGAUCGCGGACACGAGCACCUCCAGCCCAGUUGCCAUUGAGCUCGAGGACGUCAGCGAUGACGAGGGGGGCAGAGUUUCAAACGAGGCGAAGGAAAAGAAGGAGACGAACGAGAGGAACGGGAUGAAUGAGAUGGUGGAUGUGGGGGAGAAGGACGAGAUAUACGAGGAUACGCCUGUAAUCGACUUUGAGCUAAGAAAAGUUGCGGGGUACGGGUCGAGUGAGAUUGAUCGGCUCGACGAGGAGAGCGAUGAGGAUACGCGGUUUUUUCAAGGGAUGAAAAACCAGGCGACUGACGAUAUUGACGGUGAUGAGGAUGAUAUGACUGACGAAAGCGAUGACGACGAUUACUAUUGGCAGAGCAAUUUGGCGACUAUUGGCGAAGAGGAAGAAAACAAUUCGUUGGAAUACGACAAUGCCAAUGAAGAUCAUCUUCCUGCUUUGAAGUCAACUGAUAAUCUGCAAAUUAUUGAGCAUAUGAUUGAAAGUGCACCAGGAUACUUGGAUGAAAAUGCCGUGGUAAAUGGUAGGAUGGACAACUGUGGAGGUGGUGGCCAGCGCCUGCCCCCGGACGGGGACGAGUUUCCCACGGCGUAUCAAGAAUUCACCAAUCCGAAUCAGCCGUACCAAUACGUAACGAAGCGCGAGACGGUGGCAGCGAACGGCGACGUGGACCGCGGCGAGACCAUGGUCGUCGACGUUUCGGCGUUCGUCCCGGUCGACAAGGCAACACUCGUCGCCAAGACCCUCAACACGAACGACGGACGUGGCACUGCCGAGACGCGUUGCAAGAAGACCGAACCUCUGGAGACGAGGAGGACGGAGGAGCUACCGGACAUGGACGGGGACAAGAGAUCGACAUCGAGCAAUUACACGCUCUACGGCACGCAGACAUCGUUCGCGGCACCGAGCCACGAAGCCCUUAACGAGAAGACAAUCGACAUCGCCGCUUACGCCAAGCCCUACGACGCCGUGGACGCGGAAGUGGUGGACGGCUGUCCGCCCCCGCUGCCGCUAACCGGCCCACCCAAGGUCAGCGACAAUCACGAGAGAAAGUUCGCCACGAGCGGCGAACUCUGGCGCCAGGACAAUAAAUCCGAGAAGUCGGUCAAGGACAAGAUAGCCAUGUUCUCGUCGCGGGGCAGCCUCGAGGCGCCUCUCUUCCCGACGUCCAUCGCCGCCACGACGACUUGCUCGCCCUCGUCGAUCGCCAGCUCGAGGCGGCUCUCCAAGCACAAGUCGUCCGACGACGUCUUCGCCGAGGAGAUGAGAUCGCCCGUGAUGACGGUCGAGCGCACGCAGAGCUUCUUCGACCUAAGCGCCGACCAUCAUCGCAACGACAAUCACCAUCCGAAGUCCCGGAACGCGAUCCAGAGCGGCUCACCACCCACGAGUCCGCGACACAUUAUCAAUGGCUAUUCGCACAGUAUCAGUCCGGAGAAUAAUAAGUAUCCGGGGACGAACGCCGACAGCUCGGCAGACUUGGAUUGCCGCUCGAACGACGACUACGCGACAUCACAUAACGACGGUGUCGUUAGGCCGCGAUUGGGACACAAUAAGAGCUUCGACGCGACGCAGACGUCCUUGACGACUAAGUUGGCCCCCAAUGGCCUCACGAGGGCCAUGAGCUUCUCGGGCUCGGCGAAUCCCUACUACAGUCACGACAGGCCCCAAACGGCCAAUGAAUCAUUCCUCGGCUCCUCGAGCAUUUCCCGAACGAACUCGCUGGCGUCGACGUUCAAGAGACCGAGCGACGACAUGAGGAAGAGUAGCUUGAAUCAGCUUAUCGAGCAAAGGCGAAAAGGUAUCUCGAAAUUGCGGGGCCUGGUGAUACCGGAAAAGGACGCGGUGCCGGCGGAUCAGCUAAUCAUUGAUCUGCCAGAAAUCAAGUCACGUGAUUCGAUUUUGAACAGUCAGGUUCCUCGAUCGAAUAUUCAAGACAAAUGGGGCUCACAGAGUUCCUUGAUAAGCAACUCCAGCGCCGUCAGCUCCUCAUUACGAAUCAACAACGCUUUCAAGAUGCCCGCACCGAAAAUUCUCUCUAACUACUCGCCAGCUUUCAAACGCAAGAGCCUCACCGCUUACGCCGGCUCUCAGUCCCCUAACAGCAUCGCCGCCCUCAACAACUCCAAGAACAACGCGAAUAACCAGCUCACCAGUCCCGACGCCCCAAAAAGUCUCGAAAGCAUUUGCAGCCCGACAAGGAGCGACUACAGCUUCGAUUUCGUAUCCUCCAGUGGCUCGCCCGACAACAAUCUUCCUCUCUGCAAGCCCAAGCUCAACGGCCAGCGGAAGAACGGCAGAAACAACGAGUAUGACGACUCGGAUAACGACUCGGCUGUCAGCAGCUCCCAAAGUAGCAUAUCCCGCGGCUUUAGUCCGCCAAUGUCACCGGUGCCCUCCGAUAGGUCGACCGUAUCAUCGGAGAGAUCGUACCUCUCCGAGUCGCAUUACCAUCAGCGCCCGCAACUGAUACUCGACUCGACUCCCAACAAGACCAAUGGAACGACCAUCAUAACCGACAAGACCCUCUACAGCCUCCACAAUGCCAGAGCGAACAUUAUGACCGAGAUGAGCUACUCGAUACCGGAGAAGUUGCCGAGUUCAAAUCUCAUCACCACCAGCAGCAGCGACAACAACAGCAACAGCAACAGCAGCAACAACAGCAACAACAACAGCAACAGCCAGCCAACAGAGUCUAACCGCUCGUCUCAGAUACCUCAGCGCCAACCACUCAAGCGCUCGAGUAGCAACGAGACGAAUUCGAGUAACUCGAACUCGUCAACGCUGACCUCCGGCUCGCCCACGAGUGCCGAGUCCUUGUCACGACGAGUACUCAAGCCCCAAAGCGUCGAGGCCAUAAACCGAAAGAAUAUCCUGGCGAGCGCGAGAUGCCGCAGCGGCAGGGAUCUCAAUGGCUCGCCCCUCAUCCAGCGCAAGUUCACCGACGAGGAGGAAGCUGUCGCGGCCAACGGCGCGACCGUACACCAGGUGAACGGGGGCUUUGUCAAUGCCCAUCGGGUGACGAACGGGGGCGCGGACUGCACGAAGCCACGGAUUAAGAUUGCGUAUAUCGAAAUCACGGAGAACGUCGUCGUGGAGGGUGAGAAAUUUUCCAAUCAAAAGAUGGAGGAGCAGCAGCAACAACAGCAGCAACAACAGAAACAGCAGCAACUGCAGCAGCAGCCGAGAUUACCACCCAAGCGGAGUAUCAUUCCGCAGGCCAAAAAUGUGCCACUUCUAACUUCGAGAUCACCGAAAUCAGAGGCCUUCGAGCCUUCGAGCGACAUGAAGUCGUGGAUGAGGGCAGAGAUGCGAACGUUCGCGGAGAAGAGCAACGAUCGCGCAAACUCUUACGAGCCACGUAAGAAGUCAUCGCCGUUGUGCGACAUCGAAGCCACGAGUUCGAAUAAUAGAGGCGCAUCUCGUAGCAAAUCGACCCUGGCUCUGCAUGAGCAAAACUCCCCGACGGCUUUAGGCUCGUCGACGUGUCAGUCGUACGACGACGACAGCGACGUCGAUUUCAUCGGCUUCGUUAAGCCAAAGUCAAGGUCGAACGUCGCUGUGAAAAAGACGACGGACGAUCAUCACGAUCUUCUUACGGUAUUAACGACAAAGAGUCGAUCGCGCUCGACGAUCCAUGUGGAGGAGACGAGCUACGGCAGUUCCAAGUGCCAAAUGAGCCUCGAGGACAUGCUCGGCGCGGCGAGGGGCGAGAAAAACGGCAUUGGUGAGACCUGGACCACGGAUGAGAAGCUCGCACCUACGAGGAUACCGAUGCCAAGUAGGAGCGGCAUCGAGGAGCUCGACGGCGGGAGGUCGUCCGUCCCCGGUUCCAAGAUACCGACACCGCGGAAUCUCGGCCGUAGGAGUGCCAGCGUCACCGACAUGAAGAAGGCCUUCGAGAAACCCGAGGCCACCAGCCCCUUCUUCCCCACUCCCCACCAGCUGGUGACGACGAGCCCCGGCCACAAUCGCUUUCCGAGCCUCGACAGCAGCGUCGAGGAGGGGAUCCGGUGUGAAGUCGAUCAAGAGCGCUUCAACGGCGAGCAGUUUGGCAGCAUCAGUUCACUCGCGAGCACCACGAGCUUGAUAUCCCAGCAGGAGCUCGCUCAACUGGUCGAUGAGGCCAAUCUGGACGAGCCGCGUGGCGGCCACGACGUCGUGGUGGUGCUGCUACACAAAGAGAAUCCCUCGGGCAGUGUGGGCAUAACCCUGGCUGGUGGCGUCGACUGCGAGACCAAGGAGAUCAGCGUCCACCGGGUGCUCGCCCACUCGAUCGCCGACAAGGAGGGCAGCCUCCAGCGAGGCGACCGCAUCCUCAGCAUAAACGGUCGCAGUACGCGCGGACUCACCCACAGGGAGAGUCUCGCCGUGCUUAAGCAGCCGAGGCCCGAGCUCGUCCUCGUUCUCUCGAGGGCGAAGCUCGAGGAGGGCGUCGCCAAGCUCAGGGCCCGCACCGAGAGCGUCGAGACCAUCGUGGAAGAUUACGAGACGGGCGGCAUGAGGGAGGCCAUAGCGUGGGGUCCAGCCUCGAUGGUAGCCAUGUAUAAGGAUGGCGCCGGUCUUGGAUUCAGCCUCGAAGGUGGCCGGGACAGUCCGCUCGGCGACCGACCCCUCUUAAUUAAGAAGAUAUUCACUGGAGGUGCUGCGGAAAAAACGGGUGCUCUACGAGCAGGGGAUCAGCUGCUCGAAGUAAACAAGCGAGACGUGAGCAGGAUGUCGAGGAUCGAAGCCUGGUCCUUCAUGAAGAAGGUACCGGACGGUGAAGUGACCCUCCUAGUCAAGCACCCUGCCACAAAGUCAUCGUGAAUCGUAGUCAAAGCAAAGCGUCAAUUACUCCUUAACCAUCUUUUAUAAUUAUUGCUACUACUACUUCUACUACUACUACUAC